AUGCGUCUGAGUAACUUUUCGGGAACGAAGACGAUAGUGAUGGGAGCAUUCCUGAUUUUCUGGGGAUUGGGAAGUUUCGCACUGGGCAUCCCAUCGGCCACACCGGCCAACAUGAGCUAUCCGUACGGUCAUCUCGGUUAUGGGAUCUGGUGUGGCGUCUUUGUGAGUAUUGUUUCAGCCCUUAUAUUGUUUAUUUGGUGUCAAUUUACCAUAGUUGGGAUCAUCGACAUCGUGCUGGGCUGCAGGACAACUCCGAGCCUGGUUCUUUGGGCAUUGGUUCUAAACAUUUUUGCCAGCAUCCUUGGAGUCCUAGAGAUGGCUCUGGGGACGGCAGCUGCCAACCAGGAUUUCAGUGCCAUGAAGUUGAGGGAAGGAUUGGUCGAUUCAUAUGAUCCCAAUUAUGCAAAGUUUCAAGAAUUAGCUGACUUUUACAGAGAUUUCUUUCCAAUGACUUAUAAAAUUGCCCUGUCUAAGAAUCUUGUUCCGAGCCUGCACAACGGAACAGUGGCCGUUGACUCUUUGCUAGCCAUCUGUGGGAUAUUUGCCGCCAUAUUUGCCGCUAACGUCGCCUGCAGCUGCGCUAAAGUUACCUGCUGUCCUAAUAUCAAGACGGAUCUCGAUAGUGUAACUGUUGUGGCAUCAACGCACCACGAAGCAAGGCAAAAACCAAAGAUACAAAUGAUGCACGAAAAUGCAGGCUUUCAGGGACCUCCACACACCGUACAGCAAGCUUAAGAAGAAGAUGAUGGUGAGAAUGAUGAUGAAGAAGAUGAUGAUGAGGAGGAGAAAGAUAAUUAGGAUGAUGAGAAUAAUGAUAAUGAUGAAAAUGAUGAUGACGAUGAUGGUAAUGUCUGAUAAUUACAAUCAUAUUCUUGAUAAUAUAUAUGUUAAUAAUGAAAAUGAUACAAAUAAUGAUUAAAUCUGUGGUAACAACAGAUGAUAUAUGUAUCAUCAAGGAUGAUAAUUGAUACUAUCUAACUAGAUAUAAUAUGAUGCUAAAUUUUAAUGAAUAAAUAGAUAUAAAUACGGCUUCAUAUCACAGCCUUUAGCACAACAAAACACAAUAUAACUUACACCAUAUAUAACAUAACAUAUAACACAAUAUAUAACAUGCUAUAACUCAUUAUAUAGCGUACGAACACGUGAUUGCACUUACAAACUGUUUGUUCAACAACUUUAUCUUAUUUAAAGAGAAUAUUUUUGAUUUUCUCACAAAGUAUCUCUUUGUUUGCAUUACUCACCAAAUGAAACAAUCAUUAAUUUAUUUAUUUUCAAAUGACAAUUGUAUAUAUUUACGAAAAUUCGAUGUUUUUUAAAUUAGUUUUCUAGUUUUCGAUAAUUUAUUUUUAUUAAUAUAUUUAUUUGUCGUGUAAAAACGUUUGAUUUUUACUAAUUUUUAAUUUGGUUUUUAAAAUAUUUCAAUUAACUUUUUUAAAUAAAUUUGAUUUCGCACAUUAUAUAUUUUCAACACAUUGUGUCUUAAUGUAUUUUAAUUAGUAAUAACUGAAAAACACAAAAAUUCAUUCUAUGUUUUAUAUUUCGUGUUAACUUUUACAAAAUUUAUUUUUGUCUUUAAUUAUUCUCUUUAAUGAUGAUUUGCUUGUUAAUUGAUUAAGAACAGUUACCUUUAAUGAUAUUAACAUGAUAGCAAUAUGCAUGUGGUUUAUGUGUGCGUGUGCGUGUGCGUAUGUGUGUGUGUGCGCGUGUGUGCAAUGUUUGUAUCUGUAUGUGUUUGUAUGUGUGUUGUCUGUGUGUUUGUUUGAUAAUGUAGCCUUCUUUAAUUUUUAUCUAACGAACAAUAGCAGUUAAUUAUAAAUAUUGAUCUUAUGUAAUUUAUAUUCAUUACUUUUUCGAAAUUAUAUUUUGAAA